GUAAUUAAGAAUAUUUGUAGGUUAUGAACUUGUUAUCAAAUGGUGUCUACCAAUCUAUGUGGCCCACUUGGAAUUAUUUUUUGUACACACAUGUACAAAUUGAAAGUGAAAAGUAUUAAUCAGGUGCAAGUUAGCAUGUACGAAUAAAUUAAUUUGGGACUUGCUGCAUAGUACAUAAAAGCAAUGGUAGAAAAUAAAUAUGAUCAUCUAACCAUUGACUUGGAUACUCAAAUAGAUAAAAGGCGGAAAUUAUAUCUGAGAAGGACAUGGAAUAAGUUAUCAAAAUGUCAAAAAAGUUGUUUGAUCACUACAACAAUUUUGAUUUGUUCUAGUUUUUUAUAUUUUUUUCAUUUAAAUAAGCAUACUGCAAUAAUAUCAGUCAAAGAGUCUGAAGAUCAGAAGUAUAGCAUAAAAAGUAUUAUUAAAGAAUCAAAACAAUUGGAUGAUUUAAAUAACAUUUACUUAAAACAAGGAAUAGUUACUACUGAAAUUUCUAAACCCCAGAAUAGAUUUGAAGGUCCCAUAACUUUAAAACAAAAAGCAGUAGCAGAUGCAUUCAAACAUGCAUGGAAAGGUUAUAAAAAAUUCGCAUGGGGUCAUGACCAUUUAAAACCCAUAUCUGAAAGUUAUAGUGAUUGGUUUGGACUAGGCUUAACUAUUGUUGACUCUUUGGAUACAAUGUUUAUUAUGGGUUUAGAAGAUGAAUACAGGGAAGCAAGAGAUUGGGUGGAACACCAUUUAAAUUUUGAUAUCAAUAGGGAUGUUAAUUUAUUUGAAGUUACAAUACGAGUUUUGGGUGGAUUGCUCAGCAUAUACCAUUUUUCAAAAGAUGACAUGUUUUUAAAAAAAGCAAUUGAGUUGGCUGAUAGAUUACUUCCUUGUUUCGCUUCGGAAUCUGGCAUUCCAUAUUCAGAUAUAAAUUUAUUUACCAGGAAACCACACGCUCCUAAAUGGUCUCCAGAUAGUAGUACAUCAGAAGUAACAACCAUACAAUUGGAAUUUAGAGACUUGAGUCGAAUUACUGGCGAUCCAAAAUACGAGUAUGCUGUAGAUAGAGUAUCGAGAAUCAUACAUAAAUUAGAGAAAAAAGAUGGUUUGGUUCCUAUCUUUAUUAAUGCUAAUACUGGCCAAUUUAGAAGUUAUGCUACUAUUACAUUAGGAGCGAGAGGCGAUAGUUACUAUGAAUAUCUACUUAAGCAGUGGAUUCAGACAGGAAAAACUGUAGAUUACUUCAAAGAAGAUUACUUGGAAAGUAUAGAAGGUAUUCAAAAACAUCUUUUAAGAAGAACCCAACCAAAUGGAUAUGCUUUUAUAGGAGAACUUUUAGGUGGUGGUAAAGACUUUAAACCAAAAAUGGACCAUCUCACUUGUUAUUUACCUGGCACUUUAGCAUUAGGAGUUCAUAAUGGGUUAACAAAUAACCACUGGAAAUUAGCUGAAGAUAUUUUAGAUAGUUGUUAUCAAACAUAUGCUAUGCAACCAACAUUUUUAGCACCUGAAAUUACCUACUUCAAUUUUCAAGGUGAGAAUUCUAAAGAUAUGUAUGUAAAACCAAAUGAUGCCCACAAUCUGCUUCGACCAGAAUUUAUUGAGAGUCUUUGGUAUAUGUACCAGCUUACAAGCAAUACUACUUAUCAAGACUGGGGAUGGAAAAUUUUUCAAGGAUUUGAAAAAUACACAAAAGUUGUUAAUGGAUACACGUCAAUAGGAAAUGUCCGAAAUGCUGCAAAUGUUAGACCUAAAGAUAUGAUGGAAUCAUUCUUUCUAUCAGAGACUUUAAAAUAUUUAUACUUAUUAUUUAGUGACAACCCUAAAUUAUUAAACUUAGAUGAAUAUGUUAUCAACUCAGAAGCGCAUCCUCUUCCAAUAUACUCAACUUAAACAAUAUGUACUUCUGUCGAUUAAUCUAGUCUUUUUGAUUUUAUUUUUAUUAUUAUUUUUUUGGAAAUAAACUUUAAAUAAUG